AAUGUUUUGGAAGUUUCCAUAUCAUUUGUCUCACGCCCACACAGAUCACUGGAAAUCUUGUAAUGAUGGAGAAAAGACUAGGGAGGAUGGUACAACUUGGAGGAAGCCACGUAGCUGCGAAAUUUGUAAAUGCCAUAGUGGGAAAGUAUUAUGCGAGGCCGAAAAAUGUCCGCAAACCGAUCAUUGUAAAUGGAACUACAACAAACCUGAAAGUUGUUGUUCAAUUUGCGCUGGUUGCAUCGUUGAUGGCAAAUACUGGAAAAAUUUCCAGACUUGGAUGACGGGUUCUUGCGAAAAAUGUGCUUGUAACGAUGGUAUUGUGUCGUGCAAGACAUUCCAGUGCCCCCCAGUUGAAUGCCUCAACCCAAUACGUCAUUCGGAUAGAUGUUGUCCGACAUGUCCUCAAUCCUUAGUUAAACCGGAAGAAAUUCCCUGUCCAUUGCACUGCCCCAAUGGUUACGAUAAGGAUUCUUUGGGUCGCGAUUUAUGCGCAUGUGCACCGUUAUUUCUUUGUAAUCCAAUUAGCCAUUGUUCGUUAAGCUGCGAGUUUGGUUUCAAAAAGGACGAAUUUAACUGCGAAAUAUGUGAAUGCAGGAAAUGCAAACAAUUGACACCGAGAUGCCAAAAGUUGGCUUGCCCAUAUGGUUUAGCAAGAGAUCUGUUGGGUUGUGAAAUGUGUGCCUGCCUCUCUUAUUUGCAAGCAGAUAGGACUUCCAAUCAUAAUUUAAUAACAGUGACAUCUGCUGCAUCAGUCUGUGCGGGAAAUGGUUUGUACUUAGAAGACGGGCAAACGUUCGUUGACGGCUGCAAGAAAUGUCUAUGCGAGUCUGGUAGACUUCUAUGCACCGUUCUCACGUGUCCUACAGCGAAAUGCGCUCAUCCGGUCGUUAAAGCGGAUAAAUGUUGUCCUCAAUGCCCAGAUAAACCAUUGCUCAAUACCAACAAAACAGCCACCUGUGCGACUUUAAGGAAAGAUAAUGAUUCUUCUACUUGGAGUCUUGACGAAUGUACAAUUUGUACUUGUAGAGAAGGUUACGCUUGGUGCCAUGUUAAAGAAUGCCCACCUCUCACGUGUACCCAUCCAACUCGCAAAGAAGGUGAAUGCUGCCUGCAGUGUUCUAACAGUCAAUCUACCGUCAAGGGACCGAGUUUGGACGGUCACGAUUGCGGACUCUCUCACAAGGAUGGGGAUUCCUGGAGAGAAAAUGCGUGCACUUCGUGCAGUUGUGUUGAUGGGCGAAUUAUCUGCUAUGUGCACGUUUGUCCCGAAUUGCAGUGCGAAGAGGCUCUCUUAUUAGAAGGCAGAUGCUGCCCUUUCUGUGCGUCAUAUCGAAUUGCAACUCGUCCGACGCCGUUUACAAAAUUUCCAACAACGUACGUUGAGAUUCAAACGACUGUUGACAAAACCAGUUCCGUAACUCAAAAAAUGUCGUCUUCCAUUACGAAGAGAGUACGGAAUCCUUCGGUAGACACGGAUUUAAUUCCAAAGACAACGAACCCUGACUCACUUAAGUCAAGUUGGAUAACUUGGCUUCUUCUUGGAGUUGUUAUUAUGCUAACGAUAGCUGUUAUCGCCCUAGUAUUUGCUCUAAUAUGGAACUGCCAUCACCACAAUCCCGCUUCGUCCAUUCCAACGUCGUCAGCCUCGAUUGGCCAACGUCCUAAAUCCACUAAUCUCGACCUGCAGGGCCAAUGCCCUCUAAUCCCGACGCAUCGCUAUAGUCUCGUAGCGCAAGUUGUUCCUCCUGUCUCUCAGCGAAAGUGCAACGAAUUAGUCGACGUCGUCGUAAAAUCAGACGACGAGCCGACUGAGGAAUUGAAUAUGAUGGAAAAAAUUGAAACCACAUAA